CGCCCCCGCUCUAUAUCUGGGAGGCGCGCAUGUGCGCGGCUCAGUCGGGUCGGAGCUGCUGACGGAGACCAACAACACGCAGCUGUUGACCGACGUGCAGAGAAGACGAACAGAAACAGACAUGAUCCUCUAUUCUCCCUGAGGAACGGACCAAUCAGCAGCCAGGAUGAUGCCCAAGCAGCUGGCUCAGACGUCUCCAGGCAGUGUGUUGUCCCUGAGAGCGUCCAGCGUCCCAGGAUCCCCUGCUGCCGCCAUCGUGGCCCGGGUGGAGGACGUGCUCAUCGGCUACAAGGACCUGGCGGCGCUGCCGAGGGACAAAGCCAUCCUGGACAUCGAGAGGCCCGACCUGAUGAUCUACAGCUGCUUCCCCCUGGAGAGGUCCUUGUCUCCUCGCUCCUUGUCUCCUCUUCCCUCCCCCGAGAAGGAGUCCAGGGAUUGGCUGGAGAACCGUUCUCCUGGAUGUUCCUCCCCUGGUUCCAGCAUCCAGACCAGCAGAACCCACAGCACACACACACCGGACACACCAAACACACCACACACUCCACACACACCAAACACACCACACACUCCACACACACCAAACACACCACACACUCCACACACACCAAACACUCCACACACUCCACACACUCCACACACUCCACACACUCCACACACUCCACACACUCCACACACACACUCCUCUGGGUCCAAGAGCUCCAUGCUUCACUUCCACAGGCCCGAAAAUGGCUCUAACAUCUAUAAGAAGCCUCCCAUCUACAAACAAGAUGUGUGUGUGUCCUCUCAGCUCCCUCAGGGGACACACAUCGAGGAUCUGAUCAUCGAGUCCUCAAAGUUCCCAGCAGCUCGGCCUCCAGACCCGAACCUGCCCUCCAAGAUAGAGACCGAGUACUGGCCCUGCCCCCCCUCCCUGGCUGUGAUUGAGAAGGAGUGGAGGAAGAAGGAGCCGAGAGAAGAAGAUGAUGAAGAUGAUGAAGAGCUGAAUGAUGAACUUUGGGGACUGAGAGCGCUGAAGAAACAAGAACUGAACAAGGUUCAGUCUAAUCUGGGGAGGAUCCUCCUGAAGGAGGAUCUGGGUGAAUCUGCAGCUCCUCUGAGGAGGAAAACUCGCUCACUGCCGGACCGCAGCCAACACUCUGGGUCCAGCGCCUCCAGAUCUGUGUAUUUCCCAGCAUCCUCUAGGAGCGGCCUGUCCAGGCUUCAGCCGUCAGAGCUCAGCUCCUCUGAGGGAACUCCCCCAGGUCGGUCACAUGACACAGGAAGACUUUUACCUCUGAACGUUGGGUCUUCUCCUGGAGCUCAAUCUGAUCUUCAGAAUGGAGACUCUAGGAUGGACCGAGGGAACUCUCUCCCCAGCAUGUUGGAACAAAAGAUCUGCCCCUAUGAUGUACUGGUGGUGACCCACAGAGGACGGAGCAAGCUGCCCCCUGACGUAGACCGAACCAGGCUGGAGCAUCACCUGUCUCAGGAGGAGUUCUUCAGUGUUUUCGGGAUGUCCAUCGAGGAGUUCGACAGCCUCUCUCUCUGGAAGAGGAACGGCCUGAAGAAGAAAGUCUGUCUCUUCUGACACCGCUGAAACCGCAUCUUCCACAAUCCCCCUGUGCUCUGCUCGGAUCGCUGAGGGAUCCUGAAGGCACCACGGACUCGUUAUUAUCGGCACCGCCACCGCGCAUCCAGACGUCACGUUUGAUUCACAGAUUCCAGCUGCACAUGAACCCACCUGCUCACAGCAGAGCGGGUCCACCACCAACCUGCAGAGAGUCCACCUGCAGAGAUUCCCCCCUGCAGAGAGUCCACCUGCAGGGUCCAGAGAGUCCACCUGCAGAGAGUCCACCUGCAAAGAGUCCAGAGAGUCCACCUGCAGGGUCCAGAGAGUCCACCUGCAGAGAGUCCACCUGCAGAGAGUCCACCUGCAGAGAGUCCACCUGCAGAGAGUCCAGAGAGUCCACCUGCAGGCCCACAUGUGGCCUCUGCAAGUAAACAAAGCCCCCUGAGACCAGUUGAUUUGAAGCUCGGUCAACUAACUCAAUGUUACUAGCUAGUAACAUGUUACUAGCUAGUAACAUGUUACUAGCUAGUAACAUGUAACCAGUUAGUUUCAAAUGUUACUAGCUAGUAAACAAGUUUGUUAAGAUUCUACCAGAUAGUUAAUAUAUAACCAGUUAGUGUAACAUGUUACUAGGUAGUAAACAUGUUACUAGUUAGUUUAAGAUGUUACUAGUUAGUAAACAUGUUACUAGCUACUAAACAUGUUACUAGGUAGUAAACAUGUAACCAGUUAGUUUAACAUGUUACUAGGUAGUAAACAUGUUACUAGUUAGUUUAACAUGUUACUAGCUACUAAACAUGUUACUAGGUAGUAAACAUGUAACCAGUUAGUUUAACAUGUUACUAGGUAGUAAACAUGUUACUAGUUAGUUUAAGAUGUUACUAGCUAGUAAACAUGUUACUAGUUAAUUUAACAUGUUACUAGCUAGUAAACAUGUAACCAGUUAGUUUAACAUGUUACUAGCUACUAAACAUGUUACUAGGUAGUAAACAUGUGACUAGUUAGUUUAAGAUGUUACUAGCUAGUAAACAUGUAACCAGUUAGUUUAACAUGUUACUAGCUACUAAACAUGUUACUAGGUAGUAAACAUGUAACCAGUUAGUUUAACAUGUUACUAGGUAGUAAACAUGUUACUAGUUAGUUUAAGAUGUUACUAGCUAGUAAACAUGUUACUAGUUAAUUUAACAUGUUACUAGCUAGUAAACAUGUAACCAGUUAGUUUAACAUGUUACUAGCUACUAAACAUGUUACUAGGUAGUAAACAUGUGACUAGUUAGUUUAAGAUGUUACUAGCUAGUAAACAUGUUACUAGUUAAUUUAACAUCUUACUAGUUAGUUUAACAUGUUACUAGCUAGUAAACAUGUUACUAGUUAGUUUAACAUGUUAGUAGCUAGUAAACAUGUAACCAGUUAGUUUCAAAUGUCACUAGUCAUUAAACAUGUUACUAGCUAGUGAACAUGUACCAGUUAGUUUAACAUGUUACUAGUCAUUAAACAUGUUACUAGUUAGUUUAAUAUGUUACUAGCUAGUAAACAUGUUACUAGUUAGUUUAACAUGUGACUAGUUAGUUUAACAUGUUACUAGUUAGUUUAACAUGUUACUAGUUAGUUUAACAUGUUACUAGUCAUUAAACAUGUUACUAGUUAGUUUAAUAUGUUACUAGCUAGUAAACAUGUUACUAGCUAGUAAACAUGUUACUAGUUAAUUUAACAUGUGACUAGUUAGUUUAACAUGUGACUAGUUAGUUUAACAUGUGACUAGUUAGUUUAACAUGUUACUAGCUAGUAAACAUGUACCAGUUAGUUUAACAUGUUACUAGUUAGUUUAAGAUGUUACUAGCUAGUAAACAUGUUACUAAUUAAUUUAACAUGUGACUAGUUAGUUUAACAUGUUACUAGCUAGUAAACAUGUUACUUGUUAGUUUAACAUGUUAAAGCCCUUUAUUAUGAUCACCUAAAUAUCAAUAUGCUUUAUUAUGUAGGAUGCUGUGCUUUUUCAGCAAAAAAUAAUUAUGAAUGGUUAAAAUAAUUAUAAUCAAUCUUUUUUUUGGCUGAUUCAGCUAAAACAAGACUUCCAUGAUGUGAAUGCUCAUAUGUUUGUGUAAAUCAAAUUAAAUCUUAAAUCAGUCCUGCUGUAUGCUUUCAUACAGAGUUAUUAAAGGGUUCAGACGCCCGGAUGUAAACAGUAAAACAGACAAUAUUUCGUAUUGUCACCAAGCUUGACACGUGAAUUCACUUCUUGGUGUGACCCGGCCCACGAUGCGUUCAAGUCCUCUGGGUUCCUCUGCUCUCCUGAUCUGUGAGGCUCAGUCGGGUUGCAGUGGUGGAAUUCUGGGAGAUGGAGUUGAUUUCUUUUGAGGCGGCCGGACGGAACAAAUGUGUUUUAUUCACAUCAGACUGCAGGAAACAUUUUAUUCUGGAGCUUCCAGCUGCGGUCGGGUUUCAACCUGUCGGCCAUCUUUCUAAACGGAUUGUUCCUAUUGGCUUAGCCAUUUAUGAUGUCAUAAUGACGUCAUUUCCUUUCCCAGCGCUUAAAAACAAAAACAAGGAGUCAGUUUGAUCGCAGCCGGAUGUUUAACAGCAUUUAUUACAUUUUCUAAAAGUGUCAAAAAAAGCGUAACUCAUAAUGUCGUUAAAUGAAACAGUUUAAACUCUACUAAAUGUAUUUAUUAUGUUAAUAUAAUCCUCAAAGGACUUCUGCUUUACUUCCAACUUCAGGAUGGAUUUAAAAUAGUUAUUUCAAAGGAAAACCUGCCACUGCCCUGUUUAGCCUCAGCACACACACACACACACACACACACACACACACACACACACACACACACACACACACAGUGUAGAAG